GUCUUUUCAUCUAUCUUCUGACAUUAUAUAUCUCAAUGGGAUCAACCGUGGCCGCCGCUCUCCUCCUCUUCCUAGCGGCAUUCCCUGCCGCCUUCGCCGUAACUUUCAAAGUCGGCGAUAUUUCUGGCUGGACUAGUAAUAUUGAUUACACGGAUUGGGUCAGUGGAAAGACUUUCAGAGUCGGUGACACUCUAGAGUUCAUAUAUGGUCUUUCACACUCGGUGUCCGUGGUGGAUAAAGCCGGCUACGAUGGCUGCGACAGUAGCGGAGCGACACAGAAUUUCUUCGAUGGAGACACUAAGAUCGAUCUUACAACAGUUGGAACAAUGUACUUCCUUUGCCCUACUUUUGGUCACUGCCUUAAUGGCAUGAAACUCGCCGUUCCCGUCCUUGCCGCCGCUCCAUCUCCGUCUACCCCUUCUUCGCCUCCCUCCCCACCUUCGCCUCCCUCUCCGCCUCCCUCCCCACCUUCGCCUCCCUCUCCGCCUCCAUCUGCAUCUCCGCCAACCAAUGGCACGCCGGAUUCAGACACAUUGACGCCUCCACCGACUCCAUUGACACCUUCGUCUCCAAACGCAGCGUCUAAGGGAGUCAUGAGCUAUGGAAUAAUUGGAGUCACGAUGAUAUUGAUGUACGGUGUUAUGACAUAAAUUACAGGGUGGAAACAGAGCAUUUUUUUGGUCGAUGUCUUUUUUGGUCGGCGGUCUUUGGAACUACUCACCACUACGUGCUCUUUGUGUGUUAGUAGUGUGUAACGAAACUCUUUUUUUAUCCAUUGACCAUUUUUCUUCUUCUUUUAUUGAUUACUUGUGGGGUUGAUAAACGUGAUAGCCAUCU